AUGCCAGGCAUAGGCAAGAGUGUCACCUUGGUUUUCCAUAACCUGGCCAAAGAACUGCACAAACGCGGACACCAAGUUUACGUCAUUGUCGGCUCAAAUUUCCCCAUCCCCGACUCCACCAAGGACGGCAGUGUCAAUUACCUGACGUUCAAAACGGACAAGGAGUAUAUUCUGGGUUCGGAGGAGUUUCAGAGGAAUGACGUCAAAGAUAUGAUACAAAGUGACGGGGAUAUGGUGACGAAUUUCCGGUUGGUGAGAACUGCGGCUGAGUUUUUCACGUCCCAAUGUGCAGAAAUGUUGGAGGACCAGGAACUAUUCGUUAAACUUUCGUCGUUCAAUUUUGACGUGGCUGUGAUAGGGGCGUACCCAUUUCUUGCUAACUGCCAGAUUCUGCCUUACAAACUGGACUUGCCUGUAAUCAGUAUUACGUCAUUCACCUCGUUACUAGGUCAGGCAGGGUUGCCUCUUCUCCCAUCUGUUGUACCUUCCUUGUUCACGACCUUCACUGAACACAUGGACUUCAUGGAACGUGUUCAGAACUUUGUCAUCACACUGGUUUCUAACUUUAUAUUUACACCCUCAAUACCUGCGGAGUUGGUGCAGAGACACGUGCCCCAUAAGCCAAUAAAGACAUUCAACGAAUUUCUGAGAGACAGUAUACUUUGGCUGGUGAUAAGCGUGAAUCCUGCCCUAGAACCGAUCCCUACCCUUCCCAAUGUGAUCCUACUUGGCGGCAUGGGUGUGAAGCAACCUGCACCUUUGCCAGACCAUCUGGAAGCGUUUGUACAGAAAUUCAAAUCCCAGGGAGUAGUGGUAGUUUCGUUUGGCUCUGUCGUAAAGUAUUUACCUACAGAAAUCAGCAAAAGAUUCCUGAGUGUGUUCAGCAAGCUGAAAUAUGGAGUCGUAUGGCGUUACAGUGGAGAAGACUUGGGGGAAAUACCGCCCAAUAUCAAACUGAUGUCUUGGUUACCACAAAGCGAUCUUCUGGCACAUGAGAGCGUGAAAGUAUUCCUGUCCCACUGUGGCAACGCCGGUUCGUACGAGGCGCUGUUUAACGGCGUCCCAGUAUUGGCAAUGCCAAUCGCCGGAGAUCAGCCCCACAACGCUGAGCGACUCGUUAAGAGAGGGUUGGCUAUAAAGAUGUCCGUUGCAACGUUCUCUCCUGGCGAGCUCCUGGAAAAUAUCAACAUUUUGGCCUCAAAUUCCACAUAUCAGAGCAACGCCAAAAGAUAUGCCCGGAUAUUACGGGACUAUCCCAUGAGUCUCGUGGAUCAGGCGGUCUACUGGAUUGAACACGUGGUCAGGUUCGGGGGCUCACAUUUACAGUCACCGGGGGCACAGUUGCCAUGGUACAUAUUCUAUAGCCUCGACGUCAUAGGUUUUCUUUUAAGUGUGGUCGUCUUAGGUGUCUAUUGCAUCAAGAUUCUUUGUAGAGCAUGCAGGAGGAAGUGUGAUCAGAAUCCAGCAACAGGCGGCGACAAGAAGAAACAAUGA